AUGGCCACGGAGGAGGGUGGUGAGAGAAGAAGAUCCUCCCCAGUGGCCACAGAGGAGAGCGGUGAGAGAAGAAGAUCCUCCCCAGUGGCCACAGAGGAGAGCGGUGAGAGAAGAAGAUCUUUCCCAGCGUCCUUUGGGUGUUCGGAGAGAGACAGGAAGGAAAAGGAGUAGCUGGGAAAACUCAGCGAGGCUCCUCACCAAACACAGCUCUGUGACGAAGGAGACCCUGGUUCAGGAUGCCAGCGUCACUGACAGGCCGUACUGUCAGUACUGUAGUACUAUACAACCCACACAGAGGAUGGGCAGACACACACACACACACACACACACACACACACACGCCCAUGUGCGCCCCACACACACACGGGCCCACACACACACACACAGACAGACACACGCAGACAAAACACAACACACACACACACAACACCAGAAGAUGAAGAGGAGACAGAUGAACAGGUUUAGCCCGGAAAUGUGAAACGACUACUUCCUCUCAGAGAUGAGCAGGAACAGAACUGUAAACCCAAAUUAACUGACUGUCCCAGUGGGUCAGAGAGGAAGGUCCCGGACCCUCCCUGGCUUCCUGUCACAGACCUCAGUCACAGGGUCCACAGGAGGAGCACAGCGCCCCCCCUAUGUCCACCUGUUGUUACAGCAACACAUUGGCACUUGACAAAACCAGCAAGAUACUGUAUCACUUGUGUUUUUUGUUAUAAGUGAGACAUCCAUCCACAGUCUAAAAAGCUGACCUCCAUGAUAAAAGAUGCUCCUCCUACAAUCAAUUUUUGUUAGAUUUUACAAACAUCAGAGCCUGCUAGUACUAAUCAAAUCAAAUCAAAUUGUAUUUGUCACAUACACGUGUUUAGCAGAUGUUAUUGUGGGUGUAGCGAAAUGCUUGUGCUUCUAGCUCCGACAGUGCAGUAAUAUCUAACAAGUAAUAUCUAACAAUUUCACAACAUAUACCCAAUACACACAAAUGUAAGUAAGGAAUGGAAUUUAAGACUAUAUACAUAUACAGUGAGGGAAAAAAGUAUUUGAUCCCCUGCUGAUUUUGUACAUUUGCCCACUGACAAAUAAAUGAUCAGUCUAUAAUUUUAAUGGUAGGUUUUUUUUAACAGUGAGAGACAGAAUAACAACAAAAAAAUCCAGAAAAACGCAUGUCAAAAAUGUUAUAAAUUUAUUUGCAUUUUAAUGAGGGAAAUAAGUAUUUCACCCCCUCUCAAUCAGAAAGAUUUCUGGCUCCCAGGUGUCUUUUAUACAGGUAACAAGCUGAGAUUAGGAGCACACUCAUAAAGGGAGUGCUCAUAACCUCAGCUUGUUACCUGUAUAAAAGACACCUGUCCACAGAAGCAAUCAAUCAAUCAGAUUCCAAACUCUCCCCCAUGGCCAAGACCAAAGAGCUCUCCAAGGAUGUCAGGGACAAGAUUGUAGACCUACACAAGGCUGGAAUGGGCUACAAGACCAUCGCCAAGCAGCUUGGUGAGAAGGUGACAACAGUUUGUGCGAUUAGUCGCAAAUGGAAGAAACACAAAAUAACUGUCAAUCUCCCUCGGCCUGGGGCUCCAUGCAAGAUCUCACCUCGUGGAGUUGCAAUGAUCAUAAGAACAGUGAGGAAUCAGCCCAGAACUACACGGGAGGAUCUUGUCAAUGAUCUCAAGGCAGCUGGGACCAUAGUCACCAAGAAAACAAUUGGUAACACACUAGGUCGUGAAGGACUGAAAUCCUGCAGCGCCCGCAAGGUCCACAUAUAGAAAGCACAUAUACAGGCCCGUCUGAAGUUUGCCAAUUAACAUCUGAAUGAUUCAGAGGAGAACUGGGUGAAAGUGUUGUGGUCAGAUGAGACCAAAAUCAAGUUCUUUGGCAUCAACUCAACUCGCUGUGUUUGGAGGAGGAAUGCUGCCUAUGAUCCCAAGAACACCAUCCCCACCGUCAAACAUGGAGGUGGAAACAUUAUGCUUUUGUUAGGCCUACUGCUGCUAGGUAGCUCUCUCUCUGCUCUCUCCCUCCUCCUCCCUCUCCCAGUGUCUGUUUUGAUUGCAGGAGUGAAGUCUGGUGUGCGGGAGUCAGGGUUCCAGCUGCAGCUCAUUCACCAUAAUCACCUCAGCCUUUAAGACCCGGUCAAACUUGCCACUCAUCGUCAGAUCAUAGUCAAGACGACCAUGUUAGUCUCGCUGUUGACUCAACCUGCUUGUUUUCGCUCUUUGUGUUUUUGGCCUGUUCUAUUUACUUUUUUCCUGUGCCACAGAUUAUUGGAACCUGACUCCUGCCUCCGCUUCACUCCUGCCACCACCAUCCUGCUUACCACUACCGGACCUUCCUUUUGGACUCACCACGGACACUAGGACGUUAUGGUACCACUCCUGCUCAGAACCUGGAUCUGUUAACCUCCCUGUAAACCUGGACUUGCUCUUCCCCUAUUUUUGGAAACCUGGACAAUUGCACGUUGUAAAUAAACCUGUUAAACCUUCUCUGGCUCGGUGUAGUUGUCUGCAUUUGGGUUCAUAUCUAGUUAAAUCGUGACAGCUUUGGGGGUGUUUUUCUGCUAAGGGGACAGGACAACUUCACCACAUCAAAGGGACGAUGGACGGGGCCAUGUACCGUCAAAAUAUUUGGUGAGAACAUCCUUCCCUCAGCCAGGGCAUUGAAAAUGGGUCGUGGAUGGGUAUUCCAGCAUGACAAUGACCCAAAACACACGGCCAAGGCAACAAAGGAGUGGCUCAAGAAGAAGCACAUUAAGGUCCUGGAGUGGCCUAGCCAGUCUCCAGACCUUAAUCCCAUAGAAAAUCUGUGGAGGGAGCUGAAGGUUCGAGUUGCCAAACGUCAGCCUCGAAACAUUAAUGACUUGUAGAAGAUCUGCAAAGAGGAGUGGGACAAAAUCCCUCCUGAGAUGUGUGCAAACCUGUUGGCCAACUACAAGAAAUGUCUGACCUCUGUGAUUGCCAACAAGGGUUUUUGCCACCAAGUACUAAGUCAUGUUUUGCAGAGGGAUCAAAUACUUAUUUCCCUCAUUAAAAUGCAAAUCAAUUUAUAACAUUUUUGACAUGCGUUUUUCUGGAUUUUGUUGUUGUUAUUCUGUCUCUCACUGUUCAAAUAAACCUACCAUUAAAAUUAUAGACUGAUCAUGUCUUUGUCAGUGGGCAAACAUACAAAAUCAGCAGGGGAUCAAAUACUUUUUCCCCUCACUGUAUGGACAAGCAAUGACAGAGCGGCAUGGACUAAGAUACAGUAGAAUAUUAAAGAAUACAGUAUAUACAUAUGAGAUGAGUAAUGGAAGAUAUGUAAACAUUAUUAAAGUGACUAGUGUUCCAUUUCUUAAAGUGGCAGUGAUUUCAAUAGGCAACAGUCUGAUGGCCUUGAGAUAGAAGCUGUCAUUCUCUCGGUCCCAGCUUUGAAGCACCUGUACUGACCUCGCCUUCUGGAUGAUAGCGGGGUGAACAGGCAGUGCCUCGGGUGGUUGAUGUCCUUGAUGAUCUUUUUGGCCUUCCUGUGACAUCGAGUGCUGUAGGUGUCCUGGAGGGCGAGUAGUUUGCCCCUGGUAAUGCGUUCGGCAGACCGUACCACCCUCGGGAGAGCCCUGCGGUUGCGGGCAGUGCAGUUGCCGUACCAGGCGGUGACACAGCCUGACAGGAUGCUCUCAAUUGUGCAUCUGUAAAGGUUUGUGAGGGUUUUAGGUGCCAAGCAAAAUUUCUUCAGCCUCCUGAGGUUGAAGAGGCUCUUUUGCGCCUUCUUCACCACACUGUCUGCGUGGGUGGACCAUUUAAGUUUGUUAGUGAUGUGUUCGCCAAGGAACUUGAAGCUUUCCACCUUCUCCACUGCGGCCCCGUUGAUGUGGAUAGGGGGGGAUGCACCCUCUGCUGUUUCCUGAAGUCCACGAUCAUCUCCUUUGUUUUGUUGACGUUGAGUUUGAGGUUAUUUUCUAGGGCACCACUCUCCCAGAGCCCUCACCUCCUCCCUGUAGGCGGUCUCGUCAUUGUUGGUAAUCAUGCCUACUACUGUUGUGUCGUCUGCAAACUUGAUGAUUGAGUUGGAGGUGUGCUUGGCCACACAGUCAUGGGUGAACAGGGAGUACAGGAGGGGGCUCAGCACGCACCCUUGUGGGGCCCCAGUGUUGAGGAUCAGCAAAGUGGAGGUGUUGUUUCCUACCUUCACCACCUGGGGGUGGCCCGUCAGGAAGUCCAGGACCCAGUUGCACAUGGCGGGGUUCAGACCCAGGGCCUCGAGCUUAAUGAUGAGCUUGGAGGGUACUAUGGUGUUGAAUGCUGAGCUAUAGUCAAUGAACAGCAUUCUUACAUAGGUAUUCCUCUUGUCCAGAUGGGAUAGCGCAGUGUGCAGUGUGAUGGCGAUUGCAUCGUCUGUGGAUCUAUUGGGGUGGUAAGCAAAUUGAAGUGGGUCUAGGGUGACAGGUAAGGUAGAGGUGAUAUGAUCCUUGGCUAGUCUCUCAAAGCACUUCAUGAUGACAGAGGUGAGUGCUACGGGGCGAUAGUCAUUUAGUUCAGUUACCUUUGCUUUCUUGGGUACAGGAACAAUGGUGGCCAUCUUGAAGCAUAUGGGGACAGCAGACUGGGAUAGGGAGAGAUUGAACAUGUCCAUAAACACACCAGCCAGCUGGUCUGCGCAUGGUCUGAGGACGCGGCUGAGGACGCGGCUCUGGGCCGGCAGCCUUGCGGGGGUUAACAUGCUUAAAUGUCUUACUCGGAGAAGGAGAGCCCAGUCCUUGGUAGUGGGCCGCGUCGGUGGCACUGUGUUAUCCUCAAAGUAGGCGAAGAAGGUGUUUAGCUUGUCUGGAAGCGAGACGUCAGUGUCGGAGACGUGGCUGGUUUUCCUUUUGUAGUCCGUGAUUGUCUGUAGACCCUGCCACAUACGUCUCGUGUCUGAGCCGUUGAAUUGGGACUCCACUUUGUCUCUAUACUGAUGUUCUGCCAGUUUAAUUGCCUUGCGGAGUGAGUAGCUACACUGUUUGUAUUCUGCCAUAUUCCCAGUCACCUUGCCAUGGUUAAAUGCGGUGGUUCGCGCUUUCAAUUUUGCGCAAAUGCUGCCAUCUAGCCAUGGUUUCUGGUUAGGGUAGGCUAGGGUUACAGUGGAGGUUAGGGUUAGGUUAGGGUUACAGUGGAGGUUAGGGUUAGGUUAGGGUUACGGUGAAGGUUAGGGUUAGGGUUAGGGUUAGGUUACAGUGGAGGUUAGGGUUACAGUGGAGGUUAGGGUUACGUUAGGGUUACAGUGGAGGUUAGGGUUAGGUUAGGGUUACAGUGGAGGUUAGGUUUACAGUGGAGGUUAGGGUUACGUUAGGGUUACAGUGGAGGUUAGGGUUAGGUUAGGGUUACGGUGAAGGUUAGGGUUAGGGUUAGGAUAAGGUUACAGUGGAGGUUAGGGUUACAGUGGAGGUUAGGGUUACAGUGGAGGUUAGGGUUAGGAUAGGGUUACAGUGGAGGUUAAGGUUAAGGUUACAGUGGAGGUUAAGGUUAGUGCUACAGUAGAGGUUAGGGUUACAGUGGAGGUUAGGGUUAGGUUAAGACUGCUGGUUUACAUGGCCUGAGGAACCCUGUAACAUUCAAGCCUGUCUGCUGGACACAGUCCAGUGUCUCUGGACAGCUCUCUGGCUGACACAGCACCACAGAUGUACACACUGCUGUCUUCACCUAAUCCCUCAGCACUGAACACACACACACACACACACACACAAAUACACACGAACACACACACACACACAAAUACAGUUGAUGACACUGUUGUGUCAGGUUGGGUAUCAAAUGCUGGCCAUAGAAAAAUGCCUCAUGGUUUUACAUCAUAGUGAAUCUCUAGUGUUAGGCAGUGUGUGUGUGUGUGUGUGUGUGUGUGUGUGUGUGUUUGAACCUGAUUUUGUAUUCCUAAUGAGGUCAGUUAGUUCUCAGGUCAUAAGGUUUCCCUCCUAGCGCUGGCCUUUCCUGUGACCCCCAGUCUCCAGCGCUGAGUGGAGGGCGUAGCAGCACUUCCAUUGUGGUGAGAAAAUAAACAUUAUUGUCAGCGUGUGACCAACCCUCUUAUGUUUAACAUAUACAUUGUCUCGAAGGCGUCUGGUGGACCACUUAAGACAAUAUAUAUUUCCUUGCUUGGGACAAAAUGCAUUCCCUUAACAGUGGAAGGGUUCUUUCGCCAUUGGAUGGGGCAGGGGCGAAACACCAUGGGGUUCAGGUCAAAAGUCCCCAGAUGUGGCCGGGCUUGGUCCUUAUAUGGCACAUUCCUCACAUGUCCUGCCUCGGUGGGAUCGAAUCCUGGCUUUCUCAACUAUACCGCCCUCUGUCCAUCUCCUCCUCACUUCAUGUCUGUCUCUCUAGCAAUAAAACAUUUAAAUUACAUUUAUGCAAUUCAGCUAGUUUUGAUGGUCAUGAAUGACAGCAAUAUAUAGGCCUACCUUAAGGUUCAAUUUGAACCUCACAUCAGUGCAGAAAAGGAAGAAAGGACCACAGUCCUCUAUGUAGUGCCACAGUCAGACGCUGUACAGGUGCUUUUCAAAACACACAGGAAACAGAGAGAACAAGCAGAAAACACUAAAGCAUUGGCCCGUCCAGUCACAUCUGUCAUCAAGCCACUCUAUAAACCUUUUCAUCAAUCAAUCAAUCAAUCAAUCAAAUGUAUUUAUAAAGCCCUUUUUACAUCAGCAGAUGUCACAAAGUGCCAACAGUCCCCUGUAGCUCAGUUGGUAGAGCAUGGCGCUUGCAACGCCAGGGUUGUGGGUUCGUUUCCCAUGGGGGGCCAGUAUGUGUCAAGGGCUGAUGUGGAUGUGGUGUUGGAGUCAGGUGCAGGACACAGAAGCUUAGUCUAACAGACCUUACUUGUUAGAAACACGACAAUACAAAAUAACGGGCCUCAACAACAACGGAGGCGAGCGAUACGCAAACUGUGCGCAAAUACACAAAAUAUUACGCAAAUAGUGCGUCCGUACUCUAAAUACACGAGAGCAAAAUACACAGCACAGGCGGACAAUUACACACAACUAACUACAAACAAAACGAGAAACUUAUAGGGGACAUAAUGAACACUAAAUGGAAACAGGUGUACAAGGAAGACAAAACCAAACAAACAUCGAUAACAUUCAACGGUGGCAGCUAGUACUCCGGGGACGACGAACGCCGAAGCCUGCCCGAGCAAGGAGGAGGAGCAGCCUCGGCCGAAUCCGUGACAGUAUGAAAAUGUAUGCACUCACUAACUGUAAGUCGCUCUGGAUAAGAGCGUCUGCUAAAUGACUAAAUUGCAUUUUUUUUAAAUAAUGUAAUACAGAAACCAAGCCUAAAACCCCAAACAGCAAGCAAUGCAGAUGUAGAAGCACGGUGGCUUGGAAAAACUCCCUAGAAAGGCAGAAACCUAGGAAGAAACCAUCUUUAAACCAUCUUUAAACUAUCUUCAUCUUUAAACAUUAGUGAAACGAGAAAUAAAGUGACAGGUACUAUUUUGUCAAUUUAUCUGAGUUGACAGAAGUCGUAGGUACACAGAAAUUGUUCAUUGUUAUUCUUGGUGAAAUGUAUUACAUACUAGUAGGCUGUUUAAAGAAUUGUUCAAAGAAGCCAUUGCAAUUUUGGCAUGCAAUGCUGAAUUCCAUAGGCUACAUUGAGGAGAAAUGUUGUUUUAAUACAAAUCUAUACAUCAUUUAUAAAAGAUGAUUUGAUUUGAUUUUAAUUCCCCUCUUGCUUUUGUUGUAUAGUAGUAUUAAAGUGUUCUCUUAAAUUCUCUUUUAAUUCUCCUUUUGCCAAAAUGAAAAUAGUUCCCUCAUCUAAAAAUGAAGGUCUCAACAGACAUAGCCUGUGGGUCAUAGCCGGCUCCAAGUGAAACCCAGAGAGUGUCACGUUUUUUUAAGCCCAGUGGGAGACGAGAGGGCGACCCUGCAACAUGUGCUCACUGAACUUUAGCUCCUUCUCUUCCUGUAGGAUGCCCCUUGCGCUGACUGAGAGAGCCACACACAAUACAGACAGUGAGAGGCUGGGGAACAACAGACGCAUCAGCCUUAGCUUUGGCCCAAACUCCAGAGAGGAGAGGAGAGGAGAGGCGUGCAUGCAGCCACUGCCCACUUUGGGACGGAACCAAUACCAAUACUCUCUGUGUGUGUGUGUGUGUGUGUGUGUGUGUGUGUGUGUUUAACUAUACUUGUGAAUAGUAAACAAACAAACAUUUGACCAACUGGGGAGAUUUUGUAAUCCCCACAAGGAAAAAUUAUAUUUCUAGGGGGUUUAGGGUUAAAGUUAGAAUUAGUGUUAGGGUUAUAAUUAGAGCUAGGGGUUAAAGGUUAGGUUUAGGAGUUAGGAGUUAGGGUUAGGUUUAGUGUUAGGGUUAAGGUUAGGUUUUGGGAUUAAGAUUGGGGUUAAAAAUAGGGUUAGGGUUAGGGGUUAGGGAAAAUAGGAUUUUGAAUGGGAAUCAAUUGUGUGUCGCCACAAGGUUAGUUAAGAAGACUGUGACUGUGUGUGUGUGUGUGUGUGAGCGAGAGAGAGAGAAAGAGAGAAAAUGGAAAAUGGAGAGAACUGUCAUCAUUUAUAAUGCAUAGGGGGAAACUGUUGGGAAUCCAUUCUGCGAACAGUCUUCAAUGGAAAAGUUGUUGUGGCAUCAGUGGUAUAUAUUGCAGGACUGUAAAUAAUAUAGCCUAACAGAGUUUGUGGGUCUCUGGGUGACCAUUGUAAAUUGCUAUCAGAUGGUGUUGUGAUUGUGUUGUCCUAGAACUCUCAAGCACAUGCUGAGCAUGAACACAGACUCACUCACAACACUCUGAAAUAUGAUUUGCUAGGCUAAAUCUGGUUCCUAACCUGUCUACAGGUAAGACAACCUUCGUAACAUGCUAAUAUCAUGGUAUUGUACUUAUUGCCAAUUGUACAGCAUGUAAUAUCGCAUGAAUUCACAAGGGGGCACACAGGCACCAAGUACAAAGGCGUCUUUCUCUGAAUUACCAUGACUACAGCAAACAGGUUCCUUCGAGUUGUUGUUGAUGCUUACGUCAGUUUCAGAGAGUUUAGAAAUACGCUAGCUUUAGUAGUUAGCUACUAAAGUUUAAACCUUUGCUGAUAUAGCAGGCACGCACAUCGAAUUAGUAUGAAGACAUUGCUGUAGUCUUCUCUCCUCCUCUGUCCGCUUCCCUAGACAUUCUGUGAGUUGUGCUAUGUUCAGGAAAACUGUCUGGAAGAAUACCGUGAGUGAUGCCGUUAGCUGGCACCAGGACGAGGCCCAGAACACGACCAUAUUCAUCCUGAAAGAGUAUGGUCCGACCGGAUUCCUACUCAAAGAGGAGGGGGAACCCAAAAACUUCAAAGUAGGCCUGCCUGUGCAACAUCCUAAAUUGACAUCAUCAACAUGAUAUGCCUAUUUACCUGGAACAAAAUGUUUUUCAUAGUUCUUAAUCAGGUAGCCUAUUUUUCAUAUUCCACAGGUGUGCUUGGGAGACCCUCAUACAUGUACCUGUUCAACAUUCCACAAAGAGAGAGACCUCUGCAAACACAUCUGCUGGUAAUAAUGAGGAAGACAUACCGAUCACACAUAAAAUAUAGUGCAAGCUCAUUCUGUAAAAUAAUUCUACUUUCAUUGUAGGGUUUUAUUGCGGAAAUUCAGACUGCCUAGAGAACAUGAAUGUAAGUUUCACUUAGACAUAACAUAGGCUACAAUGCAUAUGCCCAAUUUCAAUUCAAACCCUAGGCACUCUUUGUUGAAAUUAUUGGAUUGGUAAUAGCAUAUUCUUAAACUCUACUGUGCCCUCUGGUGUGUACACUUGCAGAUUGCUUCCAACAGGGCCUGGUUGAAAGGCAGAUCCUGGAGCUGCUACAGGGUUUACACAGGAGCAGAACCCCCCUGCCUGUAGACCCACCCUGCUCUGAGGCUGACCCUAACCCCAGACCAGACCCAGCUGAGGGGGACAGGGGGGUUAGACAGAAGGAGAUUGAAGCCGAGGAUGUGUGUCCCAUCUGUCAAGAGGAAUUGCUGGGGAAACGGCUGCCUGUGUCUUACUGCAGGUCAGAUCAUCAAAUGGAUUAUUAUGUCAACACCCUUACCCUUGGUAUACCUAUUAAAUGGUAUACCUAUUAAACACAAAGGGAAGUGCUUUGAGGAUAGGUGAAACGUACCUGAACUGACCUACUUUUUUGUGAGUUGGGAGAAAACGCCUUCUGCCACCAAAUGUCAUCCCCUAUGUCUUCUUACUCAGGUUUGGCUGUGGCAACAACGUCCAUAUCUCCUGUAUGAAGGUGUGGGCAGACCACCAGGCGCGUCCAGAGGGGGAAGCCAUGGUGAAGUGCCCGCUGUGCAGGGAGGACUUUGGGCCGGUCAAGCUGCUCCUGGAGCAGAUGAGGAAUGUGGCUAAGCUCCACACGGCUGCUGAGAGAGAGAGGCCCGACAGACACCUCGGGGUGCUCUGCAACAACUGCAGGGUCUGCCCCAUCACUGGCAAGUGCUUCAAGUAAGUUGUGUUGUCUUGCCCAGUCCCAAUCCACUUACCUAUACUGUUGUGGAUCAACCAAUGAUGUCUUCCCUUUAGGUGCACAGUCUGCCGUUACUAUCACCUUUGCGAGGACUGUAUAACAAGGUGCUGUCACCCUCAGCAUCAGUUUGCCAUACGUACGGUUAGUAGUUUUCAGUUGGACUUUGUGCAUUUCUGCAUAUCGUUGUGUCAGGAAGUAGACGUGAUAAACUAAUAUGAUGUCAUAUGAUCACCUAUUAUGUCCAUCAGAAAAGGACUCAGAAGUGGCUGUCCUUGGGUCAGCGUGUGUUCAACACACUGGGUGAACCACAUGAGAUGACCACUCAGUCAGUGGGUGACAGGUGAGCACUGGAAUCUCUCUAAGAACCCUGUAUAUAUAGAUUAUUGUGCUCAAUGUCUGAACACCCUGAAUGAAAUUUAGAUCGUGCUAAAAUGCAAAGAUGUUGUGUCACACAUACACGCUGUUAACAAACUUCACAACCUGCUGCAAUAAGCAUUGUGAUUCAUAUUUUAGUGCAGUUAAAAAAUAUUUUGUCACAUACACCGACCGGAUAGGUGCAGUGAAAUGUGUUGUUUUACAGGGUCAGCCAUAGUAGUACAGCAACCCUGGAGCAAAUUAGGGUUAAGUGCCUUGCUCAAGGGCACAGACAGAUUCUUUCACAGGUAUUCGAACCAGCGACCUUUCAGUUACUGGCCCAACGUUCUAACCGCUAGGCUACCUGCUGUUAAAAUAUAGCACGUCUCUCAGCUUUCCUUUCCUCUCCCCGUUCAGCAUGAUUCCUGUUGAGAGUGACCCACUGCCAGAGCACGUGGUCAGGAGCCUCCCUUCGGUCAGGGUGAGGAGAGGCUGCCCCCUGCUGGACCCUGGGCAGCAGUGUAGGAUCUGCCUGAAGAGCUUCCAGCAAGGGCAGCAGGCCAGACACCUGCCCUGCCGUCACAAGGUAAAGACUUAGAUAAAGACUACCCUGCCCUGCCGCCACAAGGUAAAGACUUAGAUAAAGACUACCCUGCCCUGUCGUCACAAGGUAAAGAUAAAGACUACCCUGCCCUGCCGUCACAAGGUAAAGACUUAGAUAAAGACUACCCUCUGCUGCCAUCACAAGGUAAAAACUUAGAUAAAGACUACCCUGCCCUGCCGUCACAAGGUAAAGACUUAGCUAAAGACUACCCUCUGCUGCCGUCACAAGGUAAAGACUUAGAUAAAUACUACCCUGCCCUGCCAUCACAAGGUAAAGACUUAGCUAAAGACUACCCUGCCCUGCCGUCACAAGGUAAAGACUUAGAUAAAGACUACCCUGCCCUGCCGUCACAAGGUAAAGACUUAGAUAAAGACUACCCUGCUCUGCCAUCACAAGGUAAAGACUUAGAUAAAGACUACCCUGCCCUGCCGUCACAAGGUAAAGACUUAGAUAAAGACUACCCUGCCCUGUCGUCACAAGGUAAAGAUAAAGACUACCCUGCCAUGCCGUCACAAGGUAAAGACUUAGAUAAAGACUACCCUCUGCUGCCAUCACAAGGUAAAAACUUAGAUAAAGACUACCCUGCCCUGCCAUCACAAGGUAAAGACUUAGCUAAAGACUACCCUCUGCUGCCGUCACAAGGUAAAGACUUAGCUAAAUACUACCCUGCCCUGCCAUCACAAGGUAAAGACUUAGCUAAAGACUACCCUGCCCUGCCGUCACAAGGUAAAGACUUAGAUAAAGACUACCCUGCCCUGCCGUCACAAGGUAAAGACUUAGAUAAAGACUACACUGCUCUGCCAUCACAAGGUAAAGACUUAGCUAAAGACUACCCUGCCCUGCCGUCACAAGGUAAAGACUUAGCUAAAGACUACCCUGUCCUGCCGUCACAAGGUAAAGACUUAGAUAAAGACUACCCUGCCCUGCCGUCACAAGGUAAAGACUUAGCUAAAGACUACCCUCUGCUGCCAUCACAAUGUAAAGAGUUAGAUAAAGACUACCCUCUGCUGCCGUCACAAGGUAAAGACUUAGCUAAAGACUACCCUCUCCUGCCAUCACAAGGUAAAGACUUAGAUAAAGACUACCCUGCCCUGCCGUCACAAUGUAAAGACUUAGAUAAAGACUACCCUCUGCUGCCAUCACAAGGUAAAAACUUAGAUAAAGACUACCCUGCCCUGCCGUCACAAGGUAAAGACUUAGCUAAAGACUACCCUCUGCUGCCGUCACAAGGUAAAGACUUAGAUAAAUACUACCCUGCCCUGCCAUCACAAGGUAAAGACUUAGCUAAAGACUACCCUGCCCUGCCGUCACAAGGUAAAGACUUAGAUAAAGACUACCCUGCCCUGCCGUCACAAGGUAAAGACUUAGAUAAAGACUACCCUGCUCUGCCAUCACAAGGUAAAGACUUAGAUAAAGACUACCCUGCCCUGCCGUCACAAGGUAAAGACUUAGAUAAAGACUACCCUGCCCUGUCGUCACAAGGUAAAGAUAAAGACUACCCUGCCCUGCCGUCACAAGGUAAAGACUUAGAUAAAGACUACCCUCUGCUGCCAUCACAAGGUAAAAACUUAGAUAAAGACUACCCUGCCCUGCCAUCACAAGGUAAAGACUUAGCUAAAGACUACCCUCUGCUGCCGUCACAAGGUAAAGACUUAGCUAAAUACUACCCUGCCCUGCCAUCACAAGGUAAAGACUUAGCUAAAGACUACCCUGCCCUGCCGUCACAAGGUAAAGACUUAGAUAAAGACUACCCUGCCCUGCCGUCACAAGGUAAAGACUUAGAUAAAGACUACACUGCUCUGCCAUCACAAGGUAAAGACUUAGCUAAAGACUACCCUGCCCUGCCGUCACAAGGUAAAGACUUAGCUAAAGACUACCCUGUCCUGCCGUCACAAGGUAAAGACUUAGAUAAAGACUACCCUGCCCUGCCGUCACAAGGUAAAGACUUAGCUAAAGACUACCCUCUGCUGCCAUCACAAUGUAAAGAGUUAGAUAAAGACUACCCUCUGCUGCCGUCACAAGGUAAAGACUUAGCUAAAGACUACCCUCUCCUGCCAUCACAAGGUAAAGACUUAGAUAAAGACUACCCUGCCCUGCCGUCACAAUGUAAAGAGUUAGAUAAAGACUACCCUCUGCUGCCGUCACAAGGUAAAGACUUAGCUAAAGACUACCCUCUCCUGCCGUCACAAUGUAAAGAGUUAGAUAAAGACUACCCUCUGCUGCCGUCACAAGGUAAAGACUUAGCUAAAGACUACCCUCUCCUGCCAUCACAAGGUAAAGACUUAGAUAAAGACUACCCUGCCCUGCCGUCACAAUGUAAAGAUUAA